UUUCCCCCCUCCGGGCUGGUCCGUAGGAGCCAGGCUCCCAGCCCGCCCGGAUAUGGCGGCUCCCUUGGUGCUGGGGUUGCUGGUGGCGGUGACGGUGCGGGCCGUGCUCUAUCGCUCCAGCCUGGCCGCCUUCAUCUCCGACCGGGUCGAGGUGUCGUCCCCGUUAAGCGCCUGGAAGAGAGUGGUCGAAGGAUUAUCUUUGCUGGAUUUGGGAGUCUCUCCAUAUUCUGGAGAUAUUUUUCAUGAAACCCCAUUAAUAAUAUACCUCUUUCAUUUCCUGAUUGAAUAUGCUGAAUUGGUGUUCAUGAUAACUGAUGUGCUCACUGCUGUUGCCCUCUACUUGGCCAUCCAGGACUUCAACAAAGUUGUGUUUAAAAAGCAGAAACUCCUAAUAGAACUUGAUAAAUAUGCACCAGAUGUGGCCGAACUCAUCCGGACACCCACAGAAAUGCACUACAUCCCCCUCAAGGUAGCACUGUUUUAUCUCUUGAAUCCGUACACAGUGAUGUCUUGUGUGGCAAAGUCCACUUGUGCCAUCAACAACACCAUUAUUGCAUUCUUCUUUUUGGCUACAAUGAAAGGUAGUGCCUUCCUCAGUGCUGUAUUUCUGGCCUUAGCGACAUACCAGUCACUGUAUCCUCUCACCUUGUUUGCACCAGCACUUCUAUAUCUUCUACAGCGUCAGUUCAUACCAGUGAAAGUGAAAAGCAAAGGCUUCUGGAUCUACACCACGCAAUAUGCAGCAUUGUAUCUGUGCAGUCUGGUGGUGAUAAUUUGCCUCUCGUUCUUCCUUCUCAGUUCCUGGGAUUUUAUCCCAUCUGUUUAUGGGUUCAUCCUUUCCGUUCCAGAUUUGACUCCCAAUAUUGGACUUUUCUGGUACUUCUUUGCGGAAAUGUUUGAGCAUUUCAGUCUGUUCUUCGUGUGUGUAUUUCAGAUCAAUGUCUUCUUCUACACCAUUCCCUUGGCAAUAAAGCUAAAGGAACACCCCAUUUUCUUCAUGUUUGUUCAGAUUGCCAUCAUUUCUAUCUUCAAAUCCUACCCCACUGUGGGAGACAUAGCACUGUACAUGGCUUUCCUUCCAGUCUGGAGCCACCUCUACAGAUUCCUCCGGAACAUCUUCAUCCUUUCCUGCAUGCUUAUCGUCUGCUCCCUUCUGUUCCCAGUUCUGUGGCAUCUCUGGAUUUAUGCAGGAAGUGCCAAUUCCAACUUUUAUUAUGCCAUCACGCUGACGUUCAAUGUUGGGCAGGUUAGUAACGUGAAGUCAUGGGCAACACUUGGGCUGAACUGUGGUUAGAUGACUGUCAGAUCACUAAUGUCUAGUGCAGGCAUUGGCCAUUGUAGCAAGUUUCCUGACUUUCCUUGGUCCAGGUGAAUUUCACAGUGCCAAAGA